AUGUCAGAUACACAAAGUUUAUUUAAACAACAAUGUAUAGUACCGGAUGUUCUGACGACUGCGCCCUCGGAAUUAAUACAAAUUCAAUAUUCUAACGGUGUUUCUGUUCAAAUGGGUAAAGAAUUGACUCCUACACAGGUAAAAGAUAAGCCUGUGGUUAAAUUCGCAGCUAAAGAAACUGAGUAUUACACUCUGGCUAUGGUAGACCCUGACGCACCAAGCCGGGAGAAUCCGAAAUUUAGAGAGUGGCAUCACUGGCUUAUAGGAAAUAUUUAUGGCGGCGAUAUGAAUAAAGGAGAAGUUUUAUCAGAUUAUAUUGGCUCUGGACCACCAAAAGGCACUGGACUGCACCGAUAUGUGUUUUUAGUAUACAAGCAGCCAGAGAAAUGCGAUUUUUCCCAAGUCCCCAAACUUCCAAAUAAUUCUGGUGAUAAAAGAGGAAAAUUUUCGAUCAACAAAUUCGCUCAACAAUUCAAACUUGGCCCUCCGAUAGCUGGUAAUUUUUAUCUAGCUAAAUACGACGACUACGUACCAAAACUAUAUGCGAAGCUAAAGGAUUUAUUAGAACAAAGAGAAGCGACGCUCAAUCGUAUGUCCAUCCAGAAUCUCAACACAUUCGACCCAUUCGCCGAUGCUAUCAAAAGCUCGGAAGACGACGUUCAAGAUGGAUUAGUCCACGUCCGUAUCCAGCAGCGGAACGGGCGCAAGACGCUGACGACGGUGCAAGGGCUGUCCUCGGAAUAUGACCUGAAGAAGAUCGUGCGGGCAUGCAAGAAGGAGUUCGCGUGCAACGGCACCGUGGUGGAGCACCCGGAGUACGGCGAAGUACUGCAGCUGCAGGGAGACCAGCGCGAGAAUAUCUGCCAGUGGCUGACUAAGUCGGGCCUCGUGAAGCCCGAGCAACUCAAGGUCCACGGCUUCUAG